AUGCACCUUCCUGAAGAUGACGAGCGUAUGUGGAGAGCGCCGCCGGGCUGGUUUAUAGCCUAUAAAUUUUGGUUCAAGGAGUCGCAUAUGUUCUUCCCGCUUCCGAAGCUGUUCGUCACGUACUGUGAGGAUGUUCGGAUCGCUUUUUCUCAACUUUGUCCGGCGGGUGUUCGCAAUAUCACGGGCACGGUGGUUCUGGCUGCCGAACUGGGGAUGGAACUCAAUCUGGACUUUUACGAGUCGAUGUCGUCCAUUGCUGUCAACCAGAGCACUCCCGGGACCAUGUAUGUCAGUAUAAACCCGAAGUAUGGGAUGAUAACUGGUCAUCCUAGCAAGACGAGGAACUGGAUCAACGAGUAUUUCUUCAUUCGCGUGAACGAAGCCUCUGUUCCCGACCUGGACAGGCGAUACCGGAACGAGUGGAGUCCGAUCUUUGUUCGGCCUCCUUUCUGGCUUAACCCUCCAGCUAACUUUUACGAGGACGUUCGUCGGCUUUCCGAGUACGGGAAGAGGAAGUGGGAGGAUAUCGCCGAGACGCGGAUCAAAGCUCAGUGGCCUCGCAUCGCGUCAGCUUCUUGGCGUUUGAAGAAACAGAAGCCAAUGGGGAAGCUUACUUUGAAUUUGCCUCGCUACAGGCAAGAGGUGCCGGGCCCGGUAGAAGAGGUGACGGCCGAUGGUAAGAAAGUGGUGGGGAAGAAGAGGAAGAAGAGCGCCUCAGCCGGGAAGCACGCGGAGAGGAAGAAGGAGAAAACGGCAUCCGGGUCUUCAUCUAAGACCGUGGUGACGAUCGGCGAUCGCGUGGCCGCCGAGCGGGCAGACCCUUGGUAUGCCGAACAUCCGGGUUUCACUCGGGUAGAUCCGGAGACGGGUCUGAGGGAACCCAUCACUCCCACCAGCGAACCGUUUUCCGAAGAGGAGCUGCGGGACGAUCCUCCUAUCUCUUCGCAGGAAACGCCUGUCUUCCCUUUCACCGAGCUCGGCGGCGAGAUCGACGUGCCGGGGUCCUCGGGUGGUCUGAGGAAGAGGAGGCGGACAUCCUCUGCCGAGUAUGGGGAGAUGGCCGAGACGGGGGCAGUCGAGGGAGAGGAAGUGGGCGCCGAUACAGGCAAAGAGGCUGGCGGAGCCGCCGAUCUUGACGCUGACGUGGAUGUAAAGCCUGAGGGGGCUAUGGAAGUCUUCGACUUUCACUAUGAAGGCUGUCAUCGUUUCUUGGGCAGCAACGUCGGCCUAGGCGAUCUGUAUUACAGUCUCCAGCCGGACUGUAUUUCGGAACCGUCUCCUCUAGUGUCAUUAGAGGAGAAGCGUCUUUUCCGGCAGAUGGCCCGUCAUACCUUCCAAUCGGUCGCAAGUAACAAUGCUUUGAUCGAUUACUACCGCCGGGAGAUGUCUGCUAGAUCGGCAAAGGGUCGUGCAGACUUGGUUGAGGUGAAGGAGAGGAACGCCGAGCCGGAGUCCCAGGUCGCCGAGCUCAAGGGCAUUCUUGCUCUUAAGGAGAGUGGCCUUGAGCGGAGUGAAGCCGAUCUUGCCUUGGCUCGUUUGGAUGCCGACUCUCGUGGUGCUGAGAAUGAGAGGCUGAAGUCGAAGAUUGCCAAGCUUGAAAGGCGAUCGGCGGAUGAAGCCAAGAGGACUGAGUCGCUUUGGAGGUUCGUCAGGCGAAGAGGGAGACGGUCGAUAUCUUCUGGCCUCGUUUGA